AAACAAAACAUGGAAACAAAGCUUUACAAAGCAUCUUUAACAGGCGAUGUACAAUCACUCAAUGCACUACUCCGUCAAGACCAACUCAUCCUUGACAGACUCUCACUCACAGUCACCGCCUUCAAUGAAACCCCCCUCCACAUCGCCGCCAUGCGCGGCCACCUCCAUUUCGCCACCAUGCUUCUGACCCAAAACCCAAAACUUUCCACGGCGUUAGACACCCAAAGACGAACCCCACUCCACCUCGCCUCCGCCAACGGCAACCUGGACAUGGUGCAGGAGUUUAUACGAUUAGGGAGUCGAGAUGUGUGUUGUUUUCAUGAUCAAGAUGGGUUAACACCUCUUCAUCUUGCAGCUUUAAACGAACAUCUUGAGGUUGUUAAGGCUCUGGUUACAGCUAACCAGGAUGCUGCAAAGGAGAAUAUUCCGGUCACCGGAGAAACAAUCUUGCAUAUGUGUGUUAAGUAUAAUCGGAUUGAGGCGUUGAAAGUGUUGAUGGAACUAUGGGAUGAAGAAGAGUUGGCGAAGAUGACAGAUGAUGGUGGAAAUACUCUGUUGCAUGCUGCUGCAAUCAAUAAACACACACAGAUUUUAAACUAUUUGCUCAAGAAACCAAGUAUCAAAGCUACAGGAAACGCAGUAAACAGAUUUGGAUUAACGGCGUUAGAUGUUUUAGAUCAAUGUCCACAAGAUCUCAAAGCACUCGAAUCUCGUCAGAUUCUAAUGGAAGCCGGUGUUUCAAAAGCAAAUGACCUCCGACCAUUCCCUAAACCACCACUACAACCACCCACCAUAUCAUCAUCACAAACUAAACGAAAAGGGUUACUCUCAAGAACAUGGGGUCGAUAUCUGAAUGACGACAAACAAUGGCUGGAAAAACAACGUGGGAUUCUCAUAGUUGCCGCCUUAGUGGUGGCGGCGAUGGCUUACCUUUCCGGUAUCAACCCUCCCGGAGGGACGAUUUCCGAUACCCAAAAUGGCCGGUAUUCUCUUGGAAACGCAGUUCAAACGGAAGUAGACAUGGAUAAUUUCAGCCAAUUUGUUGCGUAUAAUACAGUCACCAUGAUUGUUCCUUUGGCGAUUGUUGUUCUAUUGAUCAGCGGAGUUCCAUUGAGAAACAAGUUCUGGAUGUGGGUGCUUACGAUGGGGACACUGCUGGCGGUGGUGUUCAUGGUGGCGACUUAUCUGCAAUCGGUGGCGAUCAUGUCGCCGGAUAUGUAUGUGAAUUCGACGACUGUUUGGAUUUGUUUGAUUUGGAUGCUGGUUUGUGGGGUUACGGCGUUGAUUCAUACUAUCUUUUUCGUUGUUUGGGUGGUGAUGAAGCUAUCCAACUGCAAGACGCCGGAGACCCAAACGACGAGGAAUCAAGAUUCAUUCGAUAUUUGAUCAUGUUUGAUAUUAUGUACUUCUUGUGUAUUAUUGGUGGA